ACAUUUUAGUUUAUUAUGAUCUAGCGGCCUUUAGUAACGUUCUUUCAAAGCGUAAUUUGUGAUUGCGAAACACUGAAAAUACGAAGUGUCAUGCGCAUGUGUUAUGAAUGUUGUUGUUAAAUUCUAAGUAUAGAUACUUUGGUAGCGUGAAUUUUGUUUGCUAGUAUAGCUAGUUCUUAUACAGAGCAACGUAUUACUGUACAAAUGCAUAUGUUUUCUUAUCACCGAAUUAUUAGAACUGGUACGCUACCGCAGCUCGAUUUGCUUCAAAAUUUUGUGCGGUACCAUUCAAGACAAAUUUUUCAUGACUUGAAGUUCUUUAAGAAUGCUGACAGCCAAGGAAAGGUCGUCAAGCUCAAUAAAUCCGACGUAGUUGAGACUCUUAGCUCUGGUGGUACAAAAGGUGGCCAAAAAGCAAAUCGAACACAUAACAUUGUACACUAUACACAUACACCUACUGGCGUUACGGCCACGUCUAAAGACACACGUCAAUUACCUGAUAACAGAGAAAUAGCUAUGAUGAAACUGCGAACGUCGGUGGACAUUCAUUUAAAAGCGGACAAAAGCGUUUUUAUCGAGAAACGCAAGCAAGAAGAAGAAAGAAGAAAAAUACAAAAAGAACAUUCGGAAAAAAACGCAAAAAUACAUUCUGAACAAAGAUUGAAAUUUAAAGAUAUGAUAUCUAAAGAUGAUGACGUAAUAUACUAAAAUAUUUCAAAAUACACCAAUAUAAAAAGGGUAAUCUGUUUAUAUAAUAAUAAAUGAAGUGCGUAUGUUGUGUUUAUUGACAUUCAUUGUCGCAUUUCGUCAACUAAAAACAACUAAAACAACACAAUCAAAAAGCAUUUUUAAUUAUUUAGUAAUACCAUUGAUUUCCUUUAUGAACAGAAGUGUUAUCAAAAAUUACCAUUGUGUCUAAUGAUGUAUGCAUAUUGUACAUAACCCACAUGUUUAUGUUAUGACAUAGCACUUAAUCUUUUAUAUUUUGCACCAGUUUCACCUAUAUUAAGUUUACCAUUAGAAAAAAAGAAUGCCAGCAAAAGACAUUAAAAUACAUUCUGUGGUUGCUUGUUGUAACAAUGGUGGAAUUGGAUUUAAAGGUCGUUUACCAUGGAGAUUGCCCAAAGAGAUGAAAUAUUUCAAGAGGAUCACCACAGGAGAAGUGGAGGAGUUUGGUGGAAGGAGAAACGUCGUCAUCAUUGGGAGGAAAACAUGGGAGUCAAUCCCAAAGUCCUUUAAACCUUUAAAAGAUCGAAUAAACAUCGUUAUUAGUCGGACUUUAGAUAAAGAUUGUGAAGGCCCAGAUCUUGUCGUCAACUCAUUAGAUGAACUGAUUGAUCUUCUUCAUUCUAAACCAUGGUGUGAUAAGAUCAACCAAGUUUUUAACAUUGGAGGAAAUGAAAUAUAUAAGUUAAUCCACAACUCUCAGUAUUGUGGUAAGAUUUAUCUAACAAGAGUACUGGCUGACCUCCAAUGUGACACAUUCCUUGAAAAUUUGGAUGAUAAUUUCACCAAGCUGCCUACUGAAGGAUUUCCGGAAGUCCCACAAGGCAUUCAGAUGGACAAGAAUGAUCUGCAGUGGAAAGUAGAGGUUUAUGAAAAGAAAACUACUUGAGUAACACAUCAUGCUUCAUGGAAGGUUACCUUUUCAUUAAUUGUAUUUCAGGGCUUUUAAACUUAUGUUGCAAGCCAUGAUGUCUAUCCAGUAGUUUUUAUAAUGGCUUGCCUCAGAUAGAAUGUUGUUUAUUACUUAUUGGUUAUGGUUCAAUGCAACAUUUAGUUUAUAUUGUUGCACUGUGCUUGCUAAGAUAAGAGCUUUCAGAUCUAUAAGCUAAUUGCAAAAUCCAAAUGUAUAUUCGGCUUUUGGAAUGGUGGUCUUGUGGGUUCUGGCUAAAAUAUUUUCUUGGUCAAUGCUCUAUACACUUCACAAUCAUUUAAGUGCGUUAAGGCCCUUUACUGUAUUUUAAAAUCAAGCCCCAAAACUCUUAAUAACUAACAGUGUAACUACAGAGAUAAAACGACAUAUGUUUUCUGUUAAACACCCUUGGUUUCUGCAAAUGGUUAGUUUUAAAAAUAGUUUUUAUACCUAUCCCUUACUGCCAUUUUCAUUUUACACAUCAGUUUUGCAACCUAUGUAACAAUAAACAACCUUUUUCAUA